CGAUUAGUCGUGUCUUUACGCUGUAUCAAUGGACGCGUUUGACUUGUUUAGAAAGCUUGGAGCAGGGGCAAAGUUUAAUCUUAAGAGAUUUGCCAAAGAUGCAGAGCGCUUUAAGGGAACCAAAUCUGAGAUCUUAGAUCAGCUGGCUGGAGUCAGUUUCUUUGGCACAGAAACACUUCUGAAAUCCAGGCUCGGUGAAGAAGAGGAUGACAAAAGUGAUGAAGAUGAUGUCACUAGUAAACGAAAAAGAACCCAAGUGGAUGAGCCGGUAAAGACGUCAAAGAAGAAAAGAAAAGCUAAAGAAGCAGAGGACACGACCAGCAGUGAUGGAAAGGAGGAGAAAGAGAGCAUUCAGUGGAUGACAUCACAAGGCAAUGUGAAAGACCCCAAGACGGAGACUAAAGAUAAAACUUCAUUAAAAAAACUACGGCAGCUUCAUCAGGAAAAGGUUAAUCAAAUACGCCACCAGAACCGGAUAAACGUGCACGGUACAGACAUCCCAGAUCCUGUGUCUACUUUUGAGGAGCUACAGAAAGAAUAUAAUCUAGACCCACGAAUCAUUCAGAACAUUAAGACAGCGGGUUUCCAAACCCCCACACCCAUUCAGAUGCAAGCCAUUCCUCUCAUGGUGCACGAUCGAGAGAUUUUAGCGUGUGCUCCGACAGGCUCCGGUAAGACCGUGGCCUUCUGUUUGCCUCUGCUGGCCCACCUUCGCAAACCCCUCAACAAGGGAUUCAGAGCUCUCAUCAUCUCCCCGACCAGAGAGCUUGCCAGUCAGACGCACAGAGAGCUGGUGAAGUUGUCAGAAGGUGUGGGCUUCAGAGUUCACAUCAUCAAUAAAGGAGUCGACGCAGUUAAAAAAUUUGGGCCCAAGUCAGCAAAGAAAUUUGAUAUUUUGGUGACCACCCCUAACAGAUUAAUAUAUUUGCUGAAUCAAGAUCCCCCUGCUGUCGAUUUGAGUAGAGUGGAGUGGCUGGUGGUGGAUGAAUCAGAUAAACUCUUUGAGGAUGGCAAGACGGGUUUCAGAGAGCAGCUCGCCACCAUUUUCCUGGCCUGCUCUUCUCCUAAAAUCCGCCGGGCUUUCUUCAGCGCCACCUUCGGCACAGAUGUAGAGCAGUGGUGUCGACUGAACCUGGACAAUCUCGUCUCUGUCAACAUUGGACCCAGGAACACAGCAGCUGAGACAGUGGAGCAAGAGUUGCUGUUUGUGGGUUCAGAGAGUGGAAAAGUGCUGGCUAUGAGAGACCUUAUAAAGAAGGGCUUUCUGCCACCUGUGCUGGUGUUUGUUCAGUCCAUCGAUCGAGCCCGAGAGCUCUUCCAUGAGCUGGUGUACGAGGGAAUAAACGUUGAUGUGAUCCAUGCAGAACGCACCCAACAGCAGAGGGACAAUGUUGUUACCAGUUUCCGUUCGGGGAAGAUCUGGGUGUUGAUCUGCACUGCUCUUCUGGCUCGAGGAAUUGACUUCAAAGGCAUCAACCUCGUCAUCAACUACGACUUCCCAACUACUGCUGUCGAGUACAUCCAUCGGAUUGGGCGCACGGGAAGAGCAGGACACAAAGGAAAAGCAAUAACCUUCUUCACCGAGGACGACAAACCUCUCUUACGCAGCAUUGCCACAGUCAUAAAACAGGCCGGAUGUCCUGUGCCUGACUACAUGCUCGGCUUCAAGAAAAUCAAAAGCAAAGUGAAGCGACAGCUUGCAAAGAAACCACCCAGACGGUCGACUAUUCGCACAACCCCUCGCAUCCUCUUUCAGAAAAAAGUCAGCAAGGGGAAAAGGAAGAAAAAAGCUAAAGCAAGCGCAGAAGCAUCAGACAUGGGCUGUAAGAGCUGAGAUUCACACUGUUGUACAGACCUGUCCACAUCAUUGUCUCUAAUAAAAUGAAUGGUGA